UCUGCGAGGAGUUGGAUGAGCCCAAGUCACAGGACCCUUCCAUCUCUGACCUCCCGGGAGGCCACCGGCAGUCCAUUCAGAGCCUCCGGCAGCAGCUGGACGCGGGGAGGCGGGAGCGGCCGGGAGGCCGGAGGCCGGCUGUGCACCCAGAUCAGUCAGUGCCGAAGAGGAGCCGGAACCAUGGCAGGGAAGUCCCUCAAGAAGUCCUCCACGCUGGGCGUGAACAUCUGGCAGCUGGUGGAGGAGGUGCCCAAGGGCUGCAGCACACCCGACUUCGUGCAGAGGCCCAUCGCCCUGGCACUGCAGGAGGGGAAGACCGCCACCUUCCGGGCUGUGGUCUGCGGGGAGCCCAGGCCCAGGGUGCGCUGGCACUGCUCCAAAGGGGACCUCAGCAGCUCCAGCAAGUACCAGGUCUCAUCCAGCACGGGCAGCAGGGAGCACGUGCUGCAGAUCAAUAAGCUGACCGGCGAGGACACGGACGUGUACCGCUGCACUGCCGUGAAUGCCUACGGAGAGGCCACGUGCUCGGCGAGGCUCACGGUCAUUGAAGUUGGCUUUCGGAAGAAUCGGAAGAGGCCCAAGGAGCCCCAAGAGGACUUCAGGAAGGAGCUGGUGGACUUCCGGAAGAUGUUGAAAAAGAGGGACCCGCCUCCCGCCCCGAAGAAGGUAGACAUGGAGCAGGUGUGGCAGCUGCUGAUGACGGCUGACCGGAAGGACUACGAGCAGAUCUGCCUCAAAUACGGCAUCGUGGACUUCCGCGGAAUGCUGCGGCGGCUGCAGCGGAUGAGCAAGGAGCGCGAGGAGAAGCUGGCGCCGUACCUCAACACCAUCGCCAACCUGAGACAUGUCCGGGUCAACAAGGAGGGGAUCGCAACCUUUGGCCUGGAGCUGGACCUCAAGAGUCCUGAGAGCAAGAUUUACCUGUACAAGGAUGGCAAGAUGGUCCCCUAUGGCUUUGACAACCAAACCAAGCACUGUCUGCGGCGUCUGGGGAAGCACUACCAAUUCCAAAUUCAGGACUUGCAGCCGGAGGACGCCGGCAUUUACCAGGUCCGGGUGGAGGAUGCCCAUGUCUUCACCACGGAGCUGGAGGCCAGUGCCAUCCCACCCCGCGUGGUGGUCCCGCUGGCCGACGUCCGCUGCGAGGAGCGGGGGGACGCCAUCUUCGAGUGCACCCUGUCCAACCCCUGCCCCAGCGCCGCCUGGAGGUUCCAGCACCAGCCUCUCCACCUCAGUGACAAGUACGAGAUGUUUGUGUCCCCGGACGGGCGGACCCACCGGCUGCUGGUGCGAGCGGUCCGCUUCUCCGACAUGGGCCUCUACUCUCUGGGCACCAAGCUCCACGCCUCCAGCGCCUGGCUGGUGGUGGAAGCUGGGAAGGAUAAGAGCCUUCUGACCGCAAGCGCUGACCACCAGAGGCAGGCACAAGAAGGCCAGAGCCCAGAAGAUUUCAGGAGCGCCCAUGGGGAGGGGGAUAGAUCCAGAGAGCAGGGCCCCAUAGGGAGCUUCCUCCAGAGAGCUGGGCUGGCCUCUAGGGCCACAGCCAGCCCAGACAGGGGCGGCCUGGGAGGGCCUGGUCACUCCUCGACGGGGGACAAGGAGGCGGCUCAAGCAGCGUGGGGCCCUGGACAGGCCAGAGAGGGCUUUCUGGAGGAGGAGGGAGGCAGAGUCCCGGGUCUUGGGGCCGACCAGCUCCACGGAGGGAGAGGUGGGGACCGGAGCCUUCCGGGGGGCUUAAGAGGGGACUUGGAAUCCGGGCUGGGACUCACGGGAGGCCAACAGCGAGGUCGCAGCAGAGACGGUGCAGAGCCAACGGGAGCCUGGGAGGCGGGGUCCUGGCAACUUGAGGCUGGAGGACUGGCGGAGCGGGCCCCCUGGGGAGCCCAGGCUGGUCCUGCAGGGUCUGGCUUAGAAGGGCAAGGGUCAGAGAUUCUGCAGGGGGAGAGCCUGGGUGAGCUGAGGGGAGGGCACGGUUUGAGUGGUGGGGUGGGGAGAGGCAUGGCGGGCCCAGGGUGGGGCCACAGGGCUGGCCCAGGGGGUGCUGGAGGCGGCCAUGGGGCAGAGGGUCCCGGAGCACUGGCGCCUAUAGGAGGACGGGGCUCUAGCUCCAUGGCAGGCUGGGGCCCUGAGAAAGGGAGCGAUGCUGAUCACAGGGAUGCAAGGGGCUCCUGGGGCUCAGGGGCAUCUGCAGGCUGGCACCUCCAGGAGCCACCUAUAUCUACGGGUGAAAGCUUCUUCCAGGGCCGCGGGGCUCCUGAGGCCAAAACUGGGGCAGAGGCAGAUGAUGGAGGCCCAGGGGGUCCCGGGGCCUGGGGAGGGGGCCCACGGGGGCUCAGGACAAGGGAGGGCCCAGAGUCUGUGGGAGCCUUGGGUGAGGUGGGCCGCAGUUCCAGCAGGGCCCAGGAUCCCCGGGCCUGGACUGCCGGUCGGAGGGCUCCAGGCGAGGCUGUGGGCCCAGGCCCUUGGGAUGACCCUGGGUCCGACCCCAGCAAAACCGGGGCCCACGGCAGGCCUGGAGUGCUGGUGUCCGGUGGGGAGCGAGGGGGUGAGGGUGGCCCCCAGGCGGUGGGGCUGGCCGGGUCUGGUGCUAGAAGCCACAGGCUCAGUGAGUCUUCAGGCCCUGGUGGGACCCUGGAAGACAUGGACUGGUUGAGAGGCUCGGGGGCCACGGGGUCUGAGCCAGGUUUCUGGGAUGGGUCCCGGAGCUCCAGAGAGAAAGCACCCAGAGGUGGGGUGGGCCACGUGGGUGGCCUCGGAGGCCCGGAGGGGAUGGAGUCUGGGCUGGAUGAGGGCUCCGGGUACCCCGGGGGAGCAGGCCUGGCCUAUAGAGCCGGUUUCAGUGAUGGCUUAGGCAGGCCAGGAGCCGUGGGUUUCAGCCAUGCUAGGGGCCCAGGGGGAGCAGAGCCUUGGGACGGGGGUGGUGGCAGCUGGGGCCCAGAGGUGCCCGGGGGCACGUGGUCUGGAGGCAGAGAUGGUCGUGGUCCUGCAGGAAGGGCGUCUGAGGGACCUGAGAGCCUCAAGAGUGGCUCAGGCAGCCCAGACAGGGGCCCUGUGGGCGGGAGCAGGGUGCCUGCAGAGGCUGGGGGGGCCUCCAGAGGCUGGGGAGACAGCGGCCCUGGGGGCAAGCAUCUUCCUGGUGGCCGGGGCCGGCCUGGAACAGCAGGGUCAGUGGGGAGAGGCGGCCUGGGGGCCUCAGGUGCAGCAGAGACUGUUGGGGAGGGACGCGCAGGGGCAGAGCCGGGGGGCUGGCGGGGAGCGGGGCCUUGGGGUCAGACUGGAGAUGAUGCGGGCUGCAGAGCCCUGAGGGGCCUGGGGGCUUCUGGAGAAGGAGCGGGUGAAGACGGCUCUGGGGUGUCGGGGUCUCUGCAAGCAGCAGGCAAAGUGCAUGACAGGGGUGGAGCCAGAGGCCUCGGUGUGGGGGUCUCUGGAGCUGGGGCUGGUCCCGGGGGCACUCCCGGGGGCCCCGAGGCAUCAGAGUCUCACGCUGGGGUGGCCCUUGAGGGCCGGUGGGCUGAUGCAUCCGGUGAACCGCUGGGCUGUGGGGAUGGGUCAGGUGCUCUAGGACCUCAGUCGAUAGGAGGCACGUCAGCUUAUGGAGGAGGGUCCAGGGGUCUUGGGCCUGGUGGGGUAGAGCUAGGGGGGGAGGCGGCCUUUAGAGAUGGUGUGGGGGGCCCUGGAGGAAUAGGGGCAGGGGCUAAGGCGGGUCACAGGGGUGGUUUAGGGGGUUCUGGGGAGUCAGAGUCAUGGGGUGAGACAGGCUAUAGAGAAGGUUUAGGGGGUUCUGGAGGAAUGGGGGCAGGCGCUAAGGCUGGUUAUCGGGAUGGUUUAGGGGGUUCUGGGGGAGUUGACUCAGGGGCUAAGGCUGGUUAUGGGGAUGGUUUAAGGGGUUCUGGGGGAGUUGACUCAGGGGCUAAGGCUGGUUAUCAGGAUGGUUUAGAGGGUUCUAGGGGAGUUGAUUCAGGAGCUAAGGCUGGUUAUCGGGAUGGUUUAGGGGGUUCUGGGGGAGUUGAUUCAGGGGGCAAGAUUGGUUAUAGGGAUGGUUUAAGGGGUUCUGGGGGAGUUGACUCAGGGGCUAAGGCUGGUUAUCGGGAUGGUUUAGGGGGUUCUGGGGGAGUUGAUUCAGGGGCUAGGGCUGGUUAUGGCGAUGGUUUAGGGGGUUCUGGGGGAGUUGAUUCAGGAGGUAAGGCUGGUUAUGGGGAUGGUUUAGGGGGUUCUGGGGGAGUUGAUUCAGGAGGUAAGGCUGGUUAUCAGGAUGGUUUAGGGGGUUCUGGAGGAAUGGGGGCAGGCGCUAAGGCUGGUUAUCGGGAUGGUUUAGGGGGUUCUGGGGGAGUUGAUUCAGGGGCUAAGGCUGGUUAUGGGGAUGGUUUAGGGGGUUCUAGGGGAGUUGAUUCAGGGGCUAAGGCUGGUUAUGGAGAUGAUUUAGGGGGUUCUGGGGGAGUUGAUUCAGGAGCUAAGGCUAGUUAUCGGGAUGGUUUAGGGGGUUCUGGGGGAGUUGAUUCAGGGGCUAAGGCUGGUUAUGGGGAUGGUUUAGGGGGUUCUGGGGGAGUUGAUUCAGGAGCUAAGGCUGGUUAUCGGGAUGGUUUAGGGGGUUCUGGGGGAGUUGAUUCAGGGGCUAAGACUGGUUAUGGGGGUGAUUUAGGGGGUUCUGGGAGAGUUGAUUCAGGGGCUAAGGUUGGUUAUCGGGAUGGUUUAGGGGGUUCUGGGGGAGUUGAUUCAGGAGGUAAGGCUGGUUAUGGGGAUGGUUUAGGGGGUUCUGGGGGAAUGGGGGCAGGCGCUAAGGCUGGUUAUGGGGAUGGUUUAGGGGGUUCUGGAGGAAUGGGGGCAGGCGCUAAGGCUGGUUAUCGGGAUGGUUUAGGGGGUUCUGUGGGAGUUGAUUCAGGAGGUAAGGCUGGUUAUGGGGAUGGUUUAGGGGGUUCUGGAGGAAUGGGGGCAGGUGCUAAGGCUGGUUAUGGGGAUGGUUUAGGGGGUUCUGGAGGAAUGGGGGCAGGCGCUAAGGCUGGUUAUGGGGAUGGUUUAGGGGGUUCUGGGGGAGUUGAUUCAGGAGGUAAGGCUGGUUAUCGGGAUGGUUUAGGGGCUUCUGGGGAAGUUGAUUCAGGAGGUAGGGCUGGUUAUGGGGAUGGUUUAGGGGGUUCUGGAGGAAUGGGGGCAGGCGCUAAGGCUGGUUAUAGGGAUGGUUUAGGGGGUUCUGGGGGAGUUGACUCAGGGGCUAAGGCUGGUUAUCAGGAUGGUUUAGAGGGUUCUAGGGGAGUUGAUUCAGGAGCUAAGGCUGGUUAUGGGGAUGGUUUAGGGGGUUCUGGAGGAAUGGGGGCAGGUGCUAAGGCUGGUUAUGGGGAUGGUUUAGGGGGUUCUGGAGGAAUGGGGGCAGGUGCUAAGGCUGGUUAUGGGGAUGGUUUAGGGGGUUCUGGAGGAAUGGGGGCAGGCGCUAAGGCUGGUUAUCGGGAUAGUUUAGGGGGUUCUGGGGGAGUUGACUCAGGGGCUAAGGCUGGUUAUCGGGAUGGUUUAGGGGGUUCUGGGGGAGUUGAUUCAGGGGCAAAGGCUGGUUAUGGGGAUGGUUUAGGGGGUUCUGGGGGUUUCGAUUCAGGGGCAAAGGCUGGUUAUCGGGAUGGUUUAGGGGGUUCUGGGGGAGUUGAUUCAGGGGCAAAGGCUGGUUGUCGGGAUGGUUUAGGGGGUUCUGGGGGAGUUGAUUCAGGGGCAAAGGCUGGUUAUCGGGAUGGUUUAGGGGGUUCUGGGGGAGUUGACUCAGGGGCUAAGGCUGGUUAUCGGGAUGGUUUAGGGGGUUCUGGGGGAGUUGAUUCAGGGGCAAAGGCUCGUUAUGGGGAUGGUUUAGGGGGUUCUGGGGGAGUUGAUUCAGGGGCAAAGGCUGGUUAUCGGGAUGGUUUAGGGGGUUCUGGGGGAGUUGACUCAGGGGCUAAGGCUGGUUAUCAGGAUGGUUUAGGGGGUUCUGGGGGAGUUGAUUCAGGGGCUAAGGCUGGUUAUGGGGAUGGUUUAGGGGGUUCUGGGGGUUUUGAUUCAGGGGCAAAGGCUGGUUAUCGGGAUGGUUUAGGGGGUUCUGGAGGAAUGGGGGCAGAGGCUAAGGCUGGUUAUCGGGAUGGUUUAAGGGGUUCUGGGGGAGUUGACUCAGGGGCUAAGGUUGGUUAUGGGGAUGGUUUUGGGGGUUCUGGGGGUAUUGAUUCAAAGGCUAAAGCUGGUUAUCAGGAUGGUUUAGGGGGUUCAGGAGGAAUGGGGGCAGGGGCUAGGGGAAUGGAGUCAGGGAGUAAGGGAGGUUACAGGGGAGACUCAAGAGGACCUGUGGCGAUGGGGCCAGAGGAUGAGGUGGGCUUCAGAGAUGGUUCAGGGGGAUUUGGAGGAGUAGGCUCACUGGCUGGGGUGGGAGAGGAUGGUGGACUCAGAGGCCAGGAGACCAUGGGGCAUGGCUCCGGAUACUGGGCAGCCUCAGAGGGGCCUUACAGUGGCACGAGCCCCAAGGAUGGUCCAGAGGGGGGCAGAGGGAUGGGCCUGGUGGGAGGCACAGGUGCGGGGCUGGGCUCUGGCAUAGCUGGACGGCCAGGUACCGUGGAUGGUGCAGCUCAUGGGGACGGCCCCAGGGGCCCAGGGAUGCUGGGGGUUCCGGGAGGCCUGUCGAUGCUUUCAGAUGGGCAGGGUUCUGAGAGUGGUUUGAGGGGCUCUGGACGCCCAGGUGCCCCUGAGGCAUGGGGGGCUGUGAGUUCUGAGGGGAAGUCAGGUAUCACAGGGCAGCGAGACGGCUCUGGGCUCCCAGGGUACCCCGGGCACAGAGGGGCUCCCAGUGGGGAGGGUGGGGCUUCCGGGGUCCCUGAUGGUCGGGGGGCAUUGCAGGGUGAGACCUGGGCAGAGUCAGCUGCUCAGGAAUCCACACGUGACCAGGACUCCUGGAAAUCAGGUCCAGGGAUGGCAGGCAGGGGUCCAGCAUCUGUCCAGGGGGCAUUGGUCCCUCAGGGUGCCGGGGCCGCACAGCUGGGUGGCAAGAGGGUGGGGACCGGAAGGGGGGUCCCUGUGGGCGCAGGCCAGGGUCUGGAUGGCAGCCAGUUGCCCACAGAAAGGGGCAGAUCCACAUCAGGGCCCACUGGUGAGCAAGGGGAAAGACAUGCGUGGGGCCCAGGCAGGGAAGACUGGGGGUUUGGCCAGGACAGCUCUGGAGCCUGGGACCAGCCCCCAGGCCCCUGGGCUUCGAGCUCCCUCCAGGAGGAAGACGCCAUUCGCAGGGGGACCCAAGAAAGGCUAGACGGCUCCUGGGGCUGGGAGGGGGCUCCAGACGGAGAGGAGGCUGGUGGGGGGCGAAGCCCAGGCUUCCUGGAUGGCAGAGCUUCGGGUCUGGGAAGGAGCAGGGCUAGUGGCCCAGAGGACUCAGGUGUCCCCGGAAAGGGGACUUCUGCUGGUGGGGAGGACGGCUCCUCUCGAAAGCCUGGGGGUUUGGGACGACAGGGAGCCCCGGAUGGCCUGGAUGGUCCCUACAGCAGAAAAGAGCCUGGCGAUGGGUCAUGGGGUCAGGGGCCUGGCGCUCCACCGGGCGCAGGACACAGAAGAGGAAGGGGCUCCCUAGAUGCUGAGGAUGACAGGGCCCAGAGCCCAGAGGCCUUGGCAGAGUACGAGGCAGUGGAUGAGGCCGGCGUGGCAGAGAGGAGGCUGGGCCCGUACAGGAGCAGGACUCAGACCUGGUCCAGGGUUGAUCCUGGAGCAGCAAAGCGAGGUGGGGAGGACGAGGCCAGAGACCUGGGGCAGCCGCCUGGCGGAGAGGACACGGGGUACCCUGGGGAGCCCCCCAGCCGCCUGGGCAGCGGCAGAGCUGGUGGAUCAGACGCCUACGGCCGGAGGAAGGACGCCGCCCUGAGCCCCAGAUCCAGACGCAAGCCUGGCACUGGCAGCUUCUCUGAGGACGCCCGAGGCCCCGCCAGCCACUUCUCCCAGGGCCUGGCUGACACAGAGGUGGAGCGUGGGGAGGCCGCCAUGCUCUCCUGCACCCUCACACGUGACCUGGGACCUGGAGCCUGGUUUAAGGACGGAGUCAAGCUCAGCGCCCAGGACGGAGUCGCUUUCGAGCAGGACGGGUUGGCGCACAGGCUCGUCAUCGCCCAGGCGGACGGGACGCGUGCCGGGAGGUACAGCUUUGCAGCUGGCGGCCAGCAGAGCGAGGCCACACUGACCGUCCACGACCCCCCAGUCAUCGCUCCGGACGUCACCGCGCAGCUGAGGGAGCCGCUGGUGGUCAAGGCUGGGAAGCCAGUGACCAUGAAGGUCCCCUUCCAGAGCUGCCUCCCAGUCCAGGCCACCUGGAGGAAGGACGGGGAGGAGGUGGCCGGAGGCAGUGGCCGUGGCGCCCAGGUGGCCGUAGGGGACGGCUUCACGCGGCUGUGCCUCCCCAGCGCCAGCAGGCAGGACCGUGGCCAGUACAGCGUCACCCUGAGGAGCCAGGGCGGCUCCACGCGGGCCGAGCUCACCCUGCAGGUCCUAGACAAGCCCCAGCCCCCGCAGGGCCCCCUGGAGGUGCAGGACAGCCACGGGGCUGGAGUCCGCCUGCGCUGGCGGCCCCCGAAGGACGACGGCGGCCGGGCCCUGCAGCACUAUGAGGUGGAGCGGCGGCAGGCCGGCCGGAGCGCAUGGCUGAAGGUGGGCGAGCCCCGCUCAGACAGCACUGCCUUCACGGAUGCCCACACGGAGCAGGGCAAGAAGUAUGCCUACCGCGUGCGGGCUGUGACCGCGGAGGGGCCCGGGGAGGCCCUGGAGUCCGAGGAGGUGCUGGUGGCGCCUGAGGCUCGGCCUGGGCCCCCGCCCCCGCCGUCCAUACUAUCGGCCUCCAGCCAGGGCGUCACUCUGUCCUGGACGGCGCCCCGGGGCCCCGGCAGCGCCCACAUCCUCGGCUACCUGAUCGAGAAGCGCAAGAAGGGGAGCAACACCUGGGUGGCCGUGAACCAGGAGCCAGUGCCCGAGAAGAAGUGGACGGUGGGGGACCUGCGGCAGGGCUGGCAGUACGAGUUCCGGGUCACGGCUGUGGCCCCCUCCGGCCGGGGAGAGCCUGGACCCCCGUCGGAGGCCGUCUUCGCCCGCGACCCCAUGAGACCCCCGGGGCCCGUGAGGGAUCUCCAGGUCACGGACACGUCACACUCCAGCAUCACCCUGAGCUGGGCUCGGCCCGACACCCAGGACGGGGAUGAACCGCAGGGCUACGUGGUGGAGCUGCGCAGCUCGGCCAGCCUGCAAUGGAGCCCGUGCCACACGGGCACGGUGCAGGGCACCACCUACACGGCCAAGGGGCUGCGGCCCCGGGAGAGCUACCUGCUGCGGGUGACGGCCGUGAACGACGGGGGCCCUGGCCAGCCCACUGCCCUGGGCUCGGCGGUGGAAGCUGUGCCCGCCUCGGUCCGCCCCAAGUUCCGCAUGGACGCAGGCAUGAAGGACUUGCUGACGGUCAGAGCUGGGGACACGGUCCGCGUGCCCAUCUACUUUGAGGCUACGCCCACCCCGGAGGUGACCUGGCUGAAGGACGGCUUGCCCCUGCCUAAGCGGAGUGUGGCCUCCGUCAAGGACGGCCUCACCCAGCUCCUGGUCCCGUCGGCCAGCCUCGAUGACAGCGGCGUCUACACCGUGGUGCUGAGGAGCCUGCGAGGGGAGGAGGCCACCUACAGCUUCCGCCUCAGGGUGGCAGCGCGCCCGCGGGCGCCAGGGCCCAUCGUGCUGCGGGAGGGCACGCUGGGCUCGGUGACCAUCGAGUGGGAGCCGUCCCCGGACGAGGCGGAGGCGGGCGCCGCGCCGCUGCACUACGCGGUGCUGAUGCGCACCUCGGCCCACGCGCCCUGGUGUCCGGCGGCCGAGCGCCUGCACAACUGCCGCUUCACCCUGGUGGGCGUCCUCCCGGGCCACGAGUACCACUUCCGCGUGGUGGCCAAGAACGAGCUGGGCGCUAGCGAGCCCUCGGACACGCGCCAGCCCUGGGUCGUCCCGCGCCAGCCGCCUGACAAGGUCGUGGCGAGGGCCCCGAGCUACCGGGAGCCCGACCUGAGCCAGAAGCCGCGCUUCCUGGUGGGCCUCCGCCCCCACCUGCUGCCCCUGGGCAGCGAGUGCUGCAUGACCUGCGCCGUGCAGGGGCAGCCACGCCCCCACGUCUCCUGGUUCAAGAACGACCAGAGCCUGGCCAACCACCCGGCCGCGUACACCACCGACGUGAUGGGUGUGUGCUCCCUAGUCAUCCCCAGCGUCUCCGCCACGGACGGCGGCCAGUACAAGGCGGUGGCCGAGAACACGCUGGGCCAGGCGGUCAGCACCGCCACACUCAUCGUCGUGGAGCCCAGCGAUGAGCCCCGCCACACAGUGGAAUGGCCCUGCCCGGCCCCUCAGCCGGCGGAUGACCGCGAGUCCCUGAAACUCCACUCCUCACACCACGCCCGCCUGGGGAGCCCAUCCAAGGGGGUGGAGGAUGCUGGCCAUGCCCAGAGCCUCAGGGGGAGGCGAGCGAGGGGGAAGCUCCUCCAGGCAGGCGCGGAGGCUUCGGGGAAGACAAAGAGGAAGCAGGUGUUCAGACUCCCAGCCUUGAGCUGAGUCACUGGACAGCAUGGCCGCGAGGCUCCCGCUUGGGGGAUCAGAAGGCAGGCGUCUGUCUGCAGGAUGGAGUCUAGGUCCUCGAUACCCUGGGCUGGGCUGUUAGAGGGAGGGGGGGAAGAGCUGGGUCUGUGUGCCUCUGUGGUGAGGGGAAAGCGAGGGGUCAGAGGACCUGGGUGGGGCCGGGGCUGGAGGGCAUGUGUGUGUUUGUGUGUAUGUGUGGAUGCAUGCUCUUGCCUGGAGAAUCCCAGGGACCAGGGAUUCUGGUGGGCUGCUGUCCAUGGGGUCGCACAGAGGCGGACACGACUGAAGCGACUUAGCAGCAGCAGCAGCAGCAAUGGACGCAUGCACGCUAGGGGGAGAUGCUUUCUGUAUGCUGUUUCUUCAUUAAAAUGCUGGCUAACACAGGCAAAACGUCUGCAAAUGAAUUUGGGGUCUGCAUGCUGGGGAGAGAUUGAUUUCCUGUGCGGAGUCUCUGUGCCAGCCUCCAGGGUGAUGGGGGUGGGGGGUGGGGGGAGGGCGGGCUUCUGGCUGGAGGGAAGAGUUCGGUUGGAACUGGGCUCUUCUGCAGUUAGUUCCAAGGGUAUGAAAGCUGAGCCUGUCCCGAGGGUCUGUGUGGUGGAGAGACCUCCCUGAGCCCCAGCUGGUAUCUCCUGCCCACCUCUGUCUGACCAAAUCCUGUGCAAAUCCUGGGGAUCCUAGUUCCCCAACCAGGGGUGGAAUUCGGGCCUCUUGGCAGUGAGAGCGAGGGUCCUAGCCACCGGACAGCCAGGGAAUUCCUUAAUAAAUGAAACAACUUUAAAAAAAUAGAGCAAAUAGCUUAAAAAUUUUUUUUAAGCUUUGAAUAACUUAGAAGAAAACAAUGAAGGGCAGGAACCAGUGAAUUAUAGCACACGUUUUUCAACAGGAAAAUCAAAUUCAAAGACUGUCUUUUUGAAAUGGUUAAAAUACUGACAAACUUCUGUUACGAUUUAAUCAAGUGAAACAAGCAAUAGCAAAAAUAAACGUUAGGAAUGAAAAAGAAAGCAUAUCACAGAUUCAGCAGAGACAACAGGUAUUUUUUAACAUGACAUUUAGACAUUUGAAAAUUUCAACAGAAUGUGUGAAUUCCUAGAUAACACCAUUGACCAAAACAGACUCAAGGAGAGACAGAAAGCCUGAGUAGUCCUGUACCGUUGAAGAAAUUCAGUUGGUUGCUAAGCAUUUUCCCACAAAGAAAAGAGCCCAGAGGUCUGAUAGGUGGAAAUGUUUCAGGAACAUUUGCAAUCUUAACAAUCUUCCCCAGAGGCUAGAAAAAGAAGGGUUUUCAGCUUCUUGGAUAAGAUUAGAUAUCUUAUUAGAUAAGAUUAGUCUGAUCUGAUGCCAGAGCCACAGGGACAGUUCCUGUCAGCUGCUAAGCCACAUCCAACUCUCUUACCCACGGACUAUCGCCUGCCAGGCUCCUUUGUUCAUGGGGUUUCCCAGGCAAGAACAUUGCAGUGGGUUGCCAUUUCCUUCUGCAGGGGAUCUUCUCAGCCUAGGGAUCAAACCCCAGUCUCCUGUGUCUCCUGCAUUGGCAGGCAGAUUCUUUACCUCUGAGCCCCCAGGGAAGCCCAUCAUUUAGAAUAGCAACAAGUAGAAUACCUAGGAAGAGAUCUAAUAAAAUAUGCACAGUGAAGAAAUUAUAAAACUUUCUUGAAGGAAAUUUUAAAUGGCAUAAGUAAAUGGACAGACUACAUCACUGAUGAGGAUGGUAAUAUUACAAAGACAUCAAUCAGCUGUCCCCAAAUGCAUUUAUAGAUUCAAUGCAUUUUCAAUAAAAAUUCCAACAGGGCUUUUCACACAAACUGACAAAGUGAUUCUAAAAUUUAUGUGGGUGAACAAAGAGUAAAAAAAAAAAAAAAAAUCAGAAAAUUCCUGAAGAGGAAAAAAGAAAGGAGGAAAUUUGCCCUAUCAAAUAUCAAGGUUUGUUAUCACCAUAGUAACCAGAGCAGUGUGGUUUGGGUGUAUCAGGAGAUACACGGAAGAUCAGGAAGAACAAAUCCAGUCCUGUUUGGUAACUUGAUUCAUGACACAGUGGGUAUCACAGAUCAGCAGGAAGGGAUGGAAUGUUUAUUGUGCUGUUCCAGGACAACUGGUCAACCAAGUGAGACUGAGUCCCUACCUUAAUCUAAACAUGAAUUCCAGGUGUAAAAUUUAUAUGUAAGUGGCAAAACUAAAUCUUAGGAAAUGCUAGAACAGGAAAAUACCUAAUUCGAGGUAGGGAAGGUUUUCGUAAGAUUCCAAAACCAAAGCCAUAUAAGAAAAAAAAUAAUUUGUAUGAAAAUUAAACACGUUUUAUCAAAAGUCAACAAAGAACAUGAAAGGAUAAGCCACAGGAUGGGCAAGAGAUCUGCCCAGUCAGGUCAGCGAGACUGCCUGUGACUCGUGGCUGUAAAGACCCCUUCACGGUCUUCCCAGGUGACUGGUAAAGAACACACCUGCCAAUGCAGGAGACAUGGGCUCAAUCCCUGGGCUGGGAAAAUACCUGUGGAGCAAUAAAGCUUGUGCAUCGCAACUCCUGAGCCUGUGCUCUAGAGCCCAGAAGCCACGAUUACGGAAGCGCUCGCACCUGAGAGCCCGUGGUCAGCAACAAGAGAAGCCACCACAAUGAGAAGCCUGAGCAGCUAGAGAGGAGCCCCACAUGCUGCGCUAGAGAGGAGCCCCCACAAGCUGCAACCUGAGAAAAGCCCCCAUUCACUGCAACUAGAGAAAAGCCCAUAUAGCAGCGGAGACCCAGCAAGCUGAAAAUGAAUAAAUAAAAUUAUUUUUUAAAAGACUCCUUCAAAUCAAUGCAAAAAAGAUAAACAUCUCAAGAGAAAAAUGAACAGAAGACACAAACAGACCUUCCCAAGAAGAAGUAACACAAUUAUAGGCUCAGAAGUACAUGGAAAAAUGUUCAACCUCAUGUCUAACCCUAAACUCUAAACCCUAAUUUGUAAUACUUAAAUCACAGUUGUAUAACACAUCA